AUGACUACUUUAACUUCUGGUGGCAAUUCCGCCUUUCCCAACUACAAUGCUGAUUUGGCUCAUACCCAGGAUGCAAACGAACGUCGUCGUCUUGCACUUGCCCAGAUCGACAACGCCCCCUUUGGCUGGCGGCACGCUCGGGCGGUCAUUGUGGCUGGUGUCGGGUUCUUCACAGAUUCCUAUGACAUCUUCGCCAUCAACCUUUGCUCAGGUAUGCUGGGCAUUGUGUACUGGCAAGAUGCCAUUUCACGUCCUGGAAAGAUUCCGUAUCACUCUGACACCGCCAUAAAAGUGUCAACCUCAGGGGGUACGGUCCUCGGGCAACUUUUCUUUGGAUGGCUUGCGGAUAUUGUGGGGCGCAAGCGGAUGUAUGGAAUUGAAUUGAUUAUCAUCAUUUUAACGACCUUGGCCCAGGCUCUCGCGUCGGACUCUCCUGCUGUCUCGAUCACCGGUAUCCUGGUCUUCUGGCGCGUACUCAUGGGGAUUGGUAUUGGUGGUGACUACCCGCUGUCCUCCAUUAUUACUUCCGAGUUCGCAACGACCAGGCACCGAGGCGCGAUGAUGGGUGCCGUGUUCGCAAUGCAAGGGCUUGGACAGUUUGGCGCUGCUAUUGUUGCUUUAAUCGUGACAGUGGGCUUCAAAGGAUCUUUGGAGUCUGCAGCAUCCGUAGCGAAGUGUUCAGGGGUCUGCCAACUGGCCGUUGACAAGAUGUGGCGCGUUGUGAUUGGAUUUGGGGCUGUUCCGGCUUGUCUUGCUCUUUACUACCGACUCACUAUCCCAGAGACACCGUGCUACACCUUUGAUGUUGCUAGAGAUAUUGAAAAGGCGGGCGCUGACGUCCGUGCCUAUAUUGAGGGAAAGCAUGAAGGUCACCCGGAUGAGGUCAGGCGAAUCGCUGUUUUACAGGAUGAAGCUGUGGUUCUGGUCACCCCCAAAGCCGGCUGGUCGGACUUUUGGUCCCAUUUCCUCAAGUGGAAGAACGGUAAGGUUCUACUGGGUACUGCGGGCUCAUGGUUCUUCCUUGACGUUGCUUUCUACGGUCUCGGUCUCAACAACUCGAUAAUUCUCACGGCCAUCGGCUGGAACGGUGGUAAGAAUAUUUACGAAUACUUUUACCGCAAUGCAGUGGGAAAUUUGAUUCUAAUCUGCGCUGGUGCGAUCCCUGGAUACUGGGUCAGUGUUGCGACCGUGGACUAUCUAGGCCGCAAGCCGAUUCAACUGAUGGGAUUUGUUGUUCUGACUAUUGUGUUUAUUGUCAUCGGCUUUGCGUAUGAACCUCUCAAACGGUCGAACAACGGUUUGCUUGGGUUAUAUAUCAUCGCGCAAUUCUUCUUCAAUUUUGGACCUAAUGCAACGACAUUUAUUGUUCCUGGAGAAUGCUUCCCCACGCGGUACCGUUCUACUUCGCAUGGGAUCAGCGCAGCAUCGGGGAAGGUUGGAGCAAUCAUCGCACAGUGUGUUUUUGGACCUCUGGCGCAUAAAGGAGCCAAGGAGGGCAAGGAUUCAUCGGAUACUCCCUGGUUGAAUCACGUCAUGCAGAUAUUCGCUUUGUUCAUGCUAUGCGGGUGUUUCACGUCCCUGUUAAUUCCUGAGACAAAACGCAAGACACUGGAGCUGAUGUCCGGAGAGGAACUUGAAACAUCGUCUGAGUCUACUGGGGAGUCUCGAAGCCAGGUGGAGGCCAGGCCUGCCCAACCGAAGAAUGAGAAUACCACCAGUGAGGCAGAGAGACAAGCGGAGUGA